GGGGGUGACCCUGGCAUGAGGCCCCGGGUGGAGGGAUAGUUGAGGCCGAGGGUGAGCCUGUCUGUUCCGAAGGGCCUCGAGGUUAACCUUAACCCUGCGUUGCAGUCUCUGCCCACAUCGCCUCCACUGGCUGCUUGGCCUUCCCAGCAUGGCGUGUGAAUGUGUGUGUGCCUCUCUGUCUCUCGAUGUUUCUUUAGGACCCUUGAUCCAGAGUGAUAAAGUUGCCCCAUUGUUGUUGUUGAUGGUCUUCUUGUUGUUGUUGUUUGGUCAUUCGGUCUCGUCCAAGUCAGCGUUGGGGUUCUCUUGGCAAAGAUACUGGAGUGGUUUGCCAUUUUCUUCUCCAGUGGAGAAAGGCAAACAGAGAUUAAGUGACGUGCCCAGGGUCACAAAGCAAACCCAGGCCGUGGCUUCUGUGGAGCAGCAGGGAUGAAGGUGGUGGAAGAAGCUUGAAUUCAUCCUAGGAGACAUGACCUUGAUUUGAGAUCUCUAGUCAAGAGUUUCAGGGGCAGAGGCUGCAGUCACAAGAAGUGACACAUCUUGGUGCUGAAGUCGUUCCCUCCCUUCUCACCUGGGGAAGAUCAGGGAAGUCAUCAAAUCAGUGAGGAGAGUGAACUUAGAGGAUCAGCCCCACCUGUUUGAGGAUACAGGGUUGGACUUUUUUGAUGUAAGAUUGACUUCAGGAACAUGGAGGCAUCCAUCCAGAGGCCACAUCAUCCAGGCCCAGGGGGAGACAGCAACAUCACAGUAGAUAACCAUGGCCGUGGCUUCUAUGACUUCUCUCUGUCGGUGCCCUUCCCAUCCCCUAUGGAAGCAGAGAUUGCAUGCCGAUCUUUGGACCCGGAUCCUGAGCCUCGACGGAAUGGUGUUCAGCGGGAGUUAACUGUCAUUGGGAACAAAUUGGUUCUCCACUGGAGAGCAGAAGAAGCACGAUUCUUCCGAGUCUCUAUCACCACCUUUCUGGACUAUCUGGCUCUGGUGCUGCAGACCAUGGAGCGUUUUGGGCCCCCAGGGCCCCACUGAGAUAUCUUCCCCUGACCCACUCCUGUCUUGCAGGCCCUGGCCCAAGUAACCCCACAGCUCUCAUCUCCUUUCCCCGAAUGAAGAAGAGCUACCAAAAAGACAGCUUAGAAUAUAUGGGAAAACAGAAACCAAGAGCUCUCCCCAACUUUCUCCCCUGCUUACUCCCCUUCCUCACACUCCCAGCCAGCUUUGAAUACCAGUUUCUCUUCAACCAAGAAGAUGGAAGUUGGAACAGUAGGGAUUCUGGUUCCACUUGCCCAUUCCAAUACAAACUAGUUGCAGAAAAAUAAAUCUCAUUAUACAAACACACACAAACCCAAAACUGUUAUGUAUGUCAAAUUUGGCUUAGAGCGUGAAUUGCAGAAGGAAUGGGGUUGGGUUUUUUAAAUGUUGGGGAUUUUGGGUUGGGGGGGGGUUGCCUUUUAACCCUCAGGGACAGUUGGUGAAUACGCUGGAGAUGAACUAGUAAGAAGGAAGCAGGUUGUAAAUACUUAUAUGUGUACUUCUUGUCCCUCCCAUUAGAAUGUAAGCUCCCUGGGGUCAGGAACUGUUUCUUUUGGUUUUUGUACCUCUAGUCCUUAGCAUAGUGCCAGAAACAUAGUGAACACAUAAGAAAUGCUUGUUAAAUGGUUGCUUGACUAAGAUGGGUAUAGCAGGAAGGACUUACGGAUGCAUAGGAUUUUCCCUCAGCCUCUUUUGGCCCUUGCCUUCCUGGUCAGCAGAGUGGAAUACAUAGCUUUUUUUCUUCUGGGUGGAAGAAUAGCUGACAUCAUUGGGGUCCUUCCUCUCCUCCCUCCCUGGUGCCCUAGCUCGCUCACUCUCUUUCCUCUCACCUUCUUUUCUCUCACCCAUGGUUCCUGUCCUUCUGUGACUCUACCCCUUUCUCCCUCCCACCCCCUGCCUCCCUCUCAUUGGUUUAUGGGUAGGAUGUUCAGCUGGGAACUGAAUUUUAUUUGCAGGAGUGGUUAUGUCUCUUGAAGGUUAUUGUUCAGAAUUAUCUUUUGAAUUUAUAGUUUAAUGGCUUUUCAUGUUUGUAUUGAGCUGGAAAAUUCCCUUAGAGUCCAUAUUGUUGCAAAUUCCUCAUUAAAUAUUUAUU